GUCCUUGUGCGUGGAUGUAUAUAUAUAAAUGCUACAUAUACCAUGGGUGGUCUAAACUCUCAUCAGUUCUCCACCACCCCCUAGAUCAGCUGUAGUUUGAGGAAGAAAAGAAGAUGUUGGGAACAAUUUCGGAAGAAAUGGUAAUAGAUGUGUCAGCCAGCAAAGCGUGGGAGGUCUAUGGCACGCUUCAACUGGCAAAGAUCGUUGAAGAAGAGCUCAGUAAUGUCCUUGACAAAAUUGAGGUCAUAGAAGGCGAUGGAGGAGCUGGGACAGUUCUCAAACUCAUAUUUCCACCAGGCACACCAGGGUUAACCAGCUACAAGGAGAAAUUUACCAAGGUGGACGAUGAGAAGAGAGUGAAAGAAGCAGAGGUUAUUGAAGGAGGAUACCUUGAUCUGGGGUUUACACUGUAUCGAGUUCGAUUUGAAAUAAUAGAGAAGGGUGAGAAUUCAUGCGUCACCAAAUCCACAAUUGAAUAUGAGAUUAAGGAAGAAGCUUCUGCCAAUGCUGCAUUUGUCACCAUUCAGCCACUUGUCGCCGUUAUGAAAGCAGCAGCCGAUUAUCUGAUUAAAAACAAUAAGUAAAUCCUCUUUUGUGGUUGUAAUAAUCUGUUGACUCUGCUUGUAGCUUUCUUUUCUACAGAUCAUUUCCUCGGGUGCUUGUGCUAGUGGUUGUGGUUGUCAUAAUCGAAAGUGUUGUUUACAUGUGUCUUCAUGACUUGCAAACAUUAAGAUGAGUUAUGAUUGAAUCUAGUUUCUUAAUUCUGUUGAUCAAAAAUUAGGACCACAUAUGUCAUUCUCUUUCUCUCUCUCUCAGUGAGAGGGGAGAGAGAGAGCGAGAGACUAUAUGCAAAAUGUGUGGUGAAUGUAUUUGGAAAGUAGUGUUUGAUUUGAUUAGUUAGCAUGGGGGACACUACUAUACCCAACUUACUUUUUGGUACUAUACCGAAAAGUAAGUUGACCUAUUUAUGUUACACGUGUCUCUUUCAAACCAAUUUCACUUGUAAGAACCCAAU